AUGGGACUCUCAUUCCAUCUAACUGCCGCCCACCAUGUCUUCUCGACCCUCCCUCCCAACCCUCUCUCGGCCAACGCUGUGACAGAGAAGCUUACCAGGAGCAAUCACUCCAUCUGGGAAGCCCAGGUGCUCUCGGCCGUGCGCGGUGCUCGCCUGUAUGGCCAUCUCACUGGUGCUUCUACGCCGCCGGUGAAGGAGAUUGAGGACAAGGAUGGCAAGAAGGUCUCCAACCCUGUGUUCGAAGACUGGGAGGCACGGGAUCAGCAGAUCCUCAGCUUCCUUCUUACUUCCAUCUCUCCGGGCAUCCUCAGCCACAUCGCCAAGACGAAGACGGCGACUGAUGCAUGGGCUAAGCUUGAGGCCAUGUUUGCCUCACAAACCCGUGCGCGCGCGGUAAAUCUGUGCAUCUCCCUCGCCAACACCAAGAAAGGUAACUCAUCUACUAUCGAUUAUUUCACCAAGAUGAAAAUUUUUAGCGAUGAGAUGGCGGCCGCGGGACAACCAAUCACUGAUGACGAGCUGGUUGAGUACAUACUCACCGGCUUGCCCGCGGAAUACAAGUCACUGGUUACCUCUCUUGUCACGAGGGUGGAAUCGGUGACCGUCGACGAGUUGUAUUCAUAG